UUUUCCAUCUGGUCAUAUUGGGUCUUUGUCUGUCGUAUAAAAUCUCAAAUUUAGCAAAAAUGACAGCAGGAGGAGACGAGAAAAGUGAACAAAAUAAAGGUCAAACACAAGAGACCACACCUAUUAAAACUGAAGGUAACGAGCGCCCUGAAAGAAAAGAUGUAGGGUUAGAUCGCGAAAGAGGGGACAGAAACCAACGGGGUGGUCCUCGUGGUCGGGGACGUUUUGACGGUGGCCGUGGAGGUCCCCGCGGCCGAGGACGAGCCCGUGGUGGCUACCAUGAAGGACGUGGUGGGUUUCAACCAAAGCCACACCUCCACCACCACAAUCACAGAGAUCAACACCACCCAAUGAUGCAAAUGGGUGAUGAUGAAAUGAUGCAGCGUGGUCGUCGUGGUGGUUUAGAACAACGAGACUCGCCAAAUCCUGGCGAAGAGGACAAACCCAGGGAAGAAAAGAAAUUCACGGGAAGAUGUCGGCUCUUUGUCGGAAAUAUCCAAGAUAUGGAAGAAGAGGACUUCAAAAAGAUGUUCGAAGCUUUUGGUGAAAUCUCCGAAGUCUACCUAAACAAAGGAAGAGGAUUUGGCUUCAUCCGAUUGGACACCAGACACAAUGCAGAAGCAGCUAAAGAUGCUCUUGACGGUACCACAAGAAAGGGACGUACCCUUCGAGUAAGAUUUGCUACCCACGGAGCGGCUCUGAAAGUGCGUCAUCUGGCUCCCAGCGUCUCAAAUGAACUUCUUGAGGAAGCAUUUUCAAAGUUUGGUCAAGUUGAACGAGCUAUCGUCAUUGUGGAUGACCGUGGACGAUCCACUGGUGAAGGAAUUGUCGAGUUUGCAAGGAAACCUGGUGCACAAAAGGCACUUCAGGCAGUCACAGAUGGAUGCUUCUUGUUGACAAGCCAUCCCAGACCAUGCAUUGUGGAACAGCUUGAACAGAAGGAUGAGGAUGAUGGUUUGCCAGAGAAAUACAUUCAGAGAAAUGCUCAAUAUUACAAGGACCGUGAAACACCCUUCAGAUUUGCCCAGCCUGGCUCGUUUGAAUUCAAAUUUGCUCAACGCUGGAAGCAGUUGUAUGAGAUGGAGGUGAAGGAGAUGGUACGCCUAAAAAAGGAGAUGGAAGAUGCUGUCGAGAAGCUGGAGAGUGAAAUGACAAAUGCAAUGCAUGACCACCAUGCCAACCAGUUGAGAGAGGAACUACGUCGCAUUGAAGAAAUGAAGGAAAUGGAAGAAAGGAAGAGACAAGAAAUGACGCUCAGACGUCAACAAGAGCAACAGCGUAUGCGUGAAGAGGAUGAAAUGCGCCGACAGGAAAUGAUGCGGGCACAACAGGAGGAAGAAGUGAUGCAUAGACAGAGAAUGCAGGAUGGUCGAUUUGGUGGUGGAAUGAACAGACGCGAGGAAAUGAUGAUGAUGAAAGGCAGGCAAGGCCAGGAAGGAGGCAUGAGAGGAGAGAUGAAUCGUGACAUGGCAGCUCGGGAUCUUGGAGGACGUGAAAUGGGUAACAGAGGAGAAAUGGGACAGCGCGAGAUGGGUGGUCGCGGUGAAAUGGGUCGCCGUGAGCUGUCCAGAGACAGAGAUAACGGUCGUGAGGGUGGACGUGCGGGUGCUCCCCCAAUGCAGCCACCUCCAGCUCCCCCAGCUGGCAUGGGCCUUGAGGAAGCAAAUAGACAGGAGCCGAUGGGUGGUAUCGCUGGCGCUGGCCGUGGAAACAAUAUCGGUGGAGCAAGCAACAUAGCUGGGGGACCGCAAUUGCGUCAGUCCCGGUUUGAUCAGCCACCGACCACAUUUGGCAACAACGGUGGUAUGGGAGGAAACAUGAAUGCUGGUAUGUUUGGUGGCAACAGAGACAUGCAGAUGAGAGACCGGCUUAUGGAAAGGCGGCCAGCAAGAGAAGAUUUCCACGAAAUGAAGAAGCCACGCAGAUACUGAGGCGAUUACUUGUGCAUCUGAGAGCUGAUACUGAUACAAAGACUAUGAGGAGAAUUUUGUCUCCGUCAAUUAAUACAUUAAACCUACUGCCAUUAACUUCAUACUUAGUAAUUAUGUCGCAACCACGGAAGAAAACCAAAAAAAUCACUGUAUCGUAGUUGAACUCCCAUUACUGUAUCAGGAGGAUAAGGACCAUUGAUGGAGUAUAGUGACAAUGUUGUUCCGAUUAUACACUUCAGAGAAGGGUUUUUACUUCACUUUUAUUUUUAAUCUUAGCGAUAUGGUAAUCAUGUUUCUUGAUGUUGAAUACAUUAUAAAAGUGUGACCGUGACUGGUUUGAAAUCCAGGUGAUGUCAGUCAUGAACAGAAGUUCAAAGUCACACAUAAAAUAAUUUUAGUUACAUUGUGCCGAGUUAUAUUGUAAGAUGAUGUCAAAUUAGAAAGGACUCACUGUAGUGAGGGUACCAAUGCGGUAAGUCUACGCGGAAGUUGAAAUGAAAUGCGUGUAAUUUUAUGUUUUCAUUAUAUGAUCAUCUAACAUGUUCUGUGAAGUAGGUAAAUAUUUGUGUUGUAUAAUAAAAGCAAAUUUUAGUCACCUCCAAAAUGAUACUUCGGAGCAAUGUUUGUGGUUUUUGUGCACUUCAUGGGACAAACAUGGUGUUCAGAAUGGAUAUCGCAGUUGUAUGCAUAGCUGAAUGCUGAGGGAAAAAACACCUAAGCACUUAUUUGAGGGGAAGGGGUGGGGCAAGUUUAAGUGACAGGACAUCAAUGAGUUUGGGUUUUGUGUACUUCACAGGAGAAAAACCGUGCUCAGAUUCAGGAUGGAGAUUGCAGUUGUAUAAUGUUAGCAGAUUUUAAUGAGGGCUGAGAGAGAAAAACACUGGUGGGGGUGGGGGUGGGGGUGGCAAAAGUAAGUGACUGGACAUCAAAGAUUUUCAGGAAUGUGAAGUAACGCUAACAGCUAACUUACCACAAUGAUAAUAUAUUCCUGAGUGGAAUGUUUCUGUGAAGACAGCAAAAUCUUCUCGUCCGGCCUUCAGGAUUCCAGUUUUGAUUUUGAAUUUUCGGAAUAUUUUAACUUCUGACCUAAAAAGGUCUUGCAAUUUUUGUGAUAUGACUCUCACAUUGAACCUUUUGCCUUAGAACCCUUCGAUAAAUAGUGUAGCCCUCUGAAGACUUGACCUUAUAUGUACCCUGGCACCUUAUUCUACCUGUUCCGGUGUUUAAAGUUAGACCAUUCUGCAUAGAACACGUUGCUGCUCUUCAUGGCCAAUCUUUGUCACUUGUCAGUUGGCAGGGCAGUUAAAAGAAAGUAUCAAUCCUUGCGAAAGGAGUUGGAUUUUGAACUCUGACAUUGUGAACAGUAGAAAUUAGAAUAAAAUAUUUUUGCACCAGGAUUAAAAAAAGAAAUUUUUCUGCCAAAUUUCACACUUUCAACGCACUCUAUGAAAUUGUGUGGAGUGCUCUGAAAGUCAUAACUGUCAUGCAACCAGCCAGCCUGAUGUUAGAUUAGAUUUGGGGCAUGGUUAAUAGAUGUAACUGAUGGUUCUCUGUAAACAUCUGAACACUAGAUGUUUUGGACUUGUGCAGGACAACCAGUGGUGUUAGAUUUGGAGCAUCAAAGCUGCUUUGGGAAACCAGUCGCAGCUUGACCAUAUCACUCUUGCGUACAGGAUCAGAAUCACGAGUCACACUUGCGUACAGGUACGCAAGUGUGACUCAAUUUAGUGCACUCAUGUUCAUAAUCACAUUCGAACUCUCAUGAUAACCAGUGUGACUGAUCAAACUGCUAUGAUAUGCACGUCUAGCAAUGUUUUCAUGAUCGGCUAGCCACAGGUACUGUGCUAGGCACUGACGGUACUUUGUUUAAACUGACAUUCGGGUUCACAAUGCACAGUUCAGAAUGCUGUAGGAGCUGAAAUGAAGUGACUCAAGUUGGCAUAUUAUUUCGAUUCCAAGGUCAACAACUGUAUCCUAUGCAGUCGCAUUACUCUAGUAAGACUCUUCGAACAAAGGCGGCCACUUUGGAUCCUCACUCCACAAUUGGUGGAGUAAAUUACAGAUGCGUGAGGAUACCAAAAUCACAGUGAUCAUAUCAGCAUGUUUUGCAUUGCAUACAAAUGACUCCGUUUUGGGGUAUAAAUGGGUUGGGGAGGUGGGUCUAUUCAUUGGCUGUCUAGAUUAGACCUUAAUACUAAUGAGGGGUGGACUUUUGGUUGUUUUGUUCUGGCGCUGGAUAAAAUAAAAUAAGCUUGCCUCAGUUUGGGAUUUGUGGGGCAUCAGAAAAAAAUGCUGCUGUUUCCUGCGACAAAGUUGUACAUGUAUCAUGCGGAUUGACUGAAUAUUGGAGUUUCCAAAGACAAAGAGCGGUCCUGCCCUUCAUGAUUUAAAUGUCUCAUGUGCAUUCUCUGUCGGUAAGUAUGAAUGUUGGACUGAAAGCACUUUCUCUGUUCCCGUAUAGAAAGGGCAUUGAACUGUGCUGUCAGUUCAUUUGGAAUUCCGUAAAGUUCAAGAGCUUGGAUGGUUUGUCCUUUAUUUCGGGUUUUGCUUGAAAUGAAGGAGUAUGCCAUCUUUGUUUAGUCUAUGCUACAAGCUUUAAGUCCUCACCAUUUAUGACUGGACUUGAUAAAAACAAACAAACAAAGAUAUAUUUGAAAACUCAGUUUUUGCACUUGAACACUGAAAAACUUAGUUCCGAGUUCGAAGAUAGGGUUGAUAGAAGUACUGUACUAAUAGUUUAUCUCUUUCUGAAAAGUGAUAGGCUCCCUAGAUUUCUUAUGGGGAAAUUCGUAACGGAUACAUUGCAUCAAUGUUAUUGAUGUGCUGCGAAAUCUGAUGUGGAUAAUCAGUUUUUGCUUGCGAUCAGAUCAUUGUAAAACCUUGAUUUGUUUUCUUGGUCAAGGUAUUUUGCACUUUUCUAUCAAAGCUAUAUUAUACUGAAGUGUACGACCCUGGUCACCCAACAUUUAUAUUUAGUCCCAAAGUCUCCAAAGCAGUAUCCCUUCCAAAUAAUGAAGAAUCGACAGUUUGUGCAUAGCAAUAGCAAAAGUUACUUAAAAUGGAAUCACGGAAAUGAAAUGAGACGCAAGAGUGUACUUGAUUGAUAGAGGGGAUUUGGAUAGUUCUGAGGCUGGAUAAUAUAUUGUAAAAUUUACUUCAGCAAACUUUUGCGUUUUAUGAUUAGUUGUCAAGUGCAUAGAAUACCUGCUCUCCACAUUAACCGGGUAAUUGGAGAUGGAACUAUUAAGAUUAUAAAUGACCAGUUCAUUUAUGGUAAAUAUUUCCUGGCAGGGUAACCUCGUGUAGCGACAUUAUAUGAAAUCUUCUACUGUGCACUAUGGGGUGACGAUAUUGAGGGAGGUGGGGAUUGGGGUAUUGACCAAGUGGUCUUGACCUCUGCCUGAACGGGAUAAAUUUGGGCUCGGAAGUCGAACAUGCAACACUCUACAUCCACACAUUGGUCAUCUCAAGUUACCAGAACACUUGAGAAAACUCUGUAACUCCUGUAAUUUCAGUCUGUCACAUUUUACUGCGUUUAUUUGCUGUUGCUACUAUUUCAGGCUAUUAUUACUUCCAGCGUAAACCUUUAUAGCAAGAGUUCUCAUAGCAAAAUCAUAUGAUAGGCCAUACUACAAGUUCUUUAGGAUCAUACAACAUAACGUAACACGAUGCUACGUGUAUCAAGUACUGACCGCAGGUAUUGAGGUAGUGCCGUUACCAGGCUGAAAAUGUCCUUCAGGAUGUCAAGGAGCCAAAAGUUGAAAACUGUUGAAUGAAAAGUUCAACCAAGAACCACAUGCCCGUUGGUAAGAUGAUCAGACGACGCAAGAAAAGUUAUCUAGGUGCUCUUUGGUUGGAUGAUUGGACGACCCGGCAAAAGUUCUAAAAGUGAGAUGGUUGCGAGUGUCUGGUUUCGGCCAUUAAAUCUGUCUGGAUAUGAAUAUUCUCAGUUAAUGAUGGUAAAGAGUGUCUUAAGAGUACCAUGGCAUGCAGUUCCUGCAGAAAAGAUGGAUGGUUGUAGGCUUCCAUAUUUUCAAUUGAGAGUGGACAAAUGCUGACAGCAGAAGAUCUCCAGGAGUACCUUGGGUUCAUCCAGUCUGCCUCUUGGAAUAGAAAUGGUACGGUUAUGGCAGCAAAGUGAUGUGGACCCUGAUUGGAACUCAAUUUCUCUCUUAUACUGUAUUGAUCCAUUUGAGGCUAUGAACAAUAAAAUAUUGUGACCAUA